AUGUCGUCCACGCCCGAGGUUGCGGAUGCGCUCUUCCACGUGCGAAAAACGGGAUUCGUAGAUGAAACCAUGACGCAGGUGCUUGAGCAGCUUUUUGACUGCCCGCAGCAUGGAAGGGUGUUGGAGACCUAUAUGAGGGGAAGGCACGAGGACAUCUGCAUGGUGCUGAUCAAAACGCUUGCAACUACGCAUAAUAAAAGCACUCUUGGUGUUCUGUUGCGGUUGUUUGCGGAUCUCGCUCGAUCGUCAACCGUAAUGGGAAAGACGCUGGGACUGUGUUCAUCAGUGCUGGUAGACCAGGAAGACCCCGUUCAGAUGUUCCUUUACCUCGCCACCACACACAGUCGCGACCGAAUGAUUUCAGACCCCGCCCUGUAUUUAGCUGCGACGACGUUGCGGUAUGCCGAUCCGAAGCUUAAUGAGGAGUCGUUGGAGCGUUUCUUUGCUAUUGUGAACGAGUCCCUUUCGGUUAACCCGUUACAGGUUGAAGCGGUUAGCUUUACAGUUCAUAACUGCGCGAUUAUGGCCCACGCGAAAGCGCUACGCCACUACUUCUUUGACAACAAACUGGUGCAAUACUUUCCACGGCUUCUUACUGACACCAUAGGCGAUGAUGCAGCGAGUCUUGUUCAGUUGACAUACGAGGUGCUGGUUGUGACGUGGUUACUCUCCUAUGAGGUUGACGGGGUCGUCUCCCUGCAGGAACACAAGAUGUUGCCACAUAUUCACCGUGUUAUACAACGUAUGCAAAAAGAGAAAUGUAUCCGCGUCGCGUUGAUGGUCCUUUGGAAUUUCGUGCAGGCGGAGCGCCAGUACAUGGACGCAGUGACCAAUCCUUCCGACGCCACAUGGGUUUCGGACGAAAUAUUUAAACUUGCGCGAGUGAAUGGAGGAAAGGGUCCCUCCUUUAUUGCUGAGAUGGUGGGUGUUGGAAUGUUGAAGACGCUAACUCAGCUUGCUCGCCGUAAGUUUGGUGACGAGGAUAUAAGUGAACUCAUACAAGACUUGCUGAAUGUGCUUGAAAACAGCAUGGAAACCUUAACUAGCUUCUCGGAAUACCGUGGUGAAGUACUUAGCGGGUCUCUUGAGUGGACUCCAGUGCACACCUGUGCGAAAUUUUGGCAGAGCAAUAUUAUGCAGUUUGAGAAAAACGGCUAUGAGGUGCUGGAAGCAUUGGGUAAUAUAAUUAUGAAUUCCACCAACAGCCUUACUCUCGCUGUUGCAUGCCAUGACAUUGGUGAGAUUGUCCGGCAUCACCCAACAGGCCGUGCGCUGCUGCAGUUACCGCAGUUGGAAGGUGUCAUGGCUCGUGUUAUGGAGCUGAUGUCACACGAGACUCCUGAGGUAGCCAAAAAUGCCCUUCUCUCAGUACAGAAGAUUAUGGUUCAACGGUGGGAGUGCAUUUAA